UCAUAACACGGCCACUUGAAUUCACAUUACGCAAAAACCAUUCGAAUGCGUUAAGUGAUAAAUCUCACUAACAUACUUUGAGCACUUAAAUUCUAUUAUUGUAACUAUGAUAAUUUGGUUCCAUAAAAUUGUACUCGUAUUUUUGAUAAGUUAUUUUUACGGUGUAUCAUUACAAUGUUCUGUAACCGACACGAAGAGUUUAUUGGAGGGUUGCGACAGAUUGAUGGGGCUAAAUGUCACUAGCGUAGGAGGAACGAUGGUUAACGAUCAUAACUGCGACGUUCUACUUCCUAAACAAGUAUUUAUGGAGGAACCUCUAUUUCAGUAUCCUUUGGCUGAUACGAAAAAAUUCUACAGCAUCAUUAUGGUAGAUCCUGAUGCACCACCACAAGUGGAAGGAGAAUUUUAUCUGCACAUGUUAAAAUCUAAUAUACCAGGUCUCGCUUUAAAAGCUGAAGAAAGUAGUAAAACUGUUGGAAUCGAUUACAGAGGUUACAAAGCACCAACGCCACCUCGCGGUACAGGCACACACCGCUAUAUGAGCUUGUUGUACGAGCAAGCAGAUGGGAACAACUUCUUGCCUUUCGUACCUACGUCUCGUAACCGCUUUGUGCUUGCUAAAUGGCUCCGUGGGAAAAAUCUAUGUGGCCCUGUUGCUGCUAUUCAGUUCCGUUCCCAAUUCUAGAUGGCAUUACUAGUAGCCUUAUAAAAGAAACCUAAAAUUAAAUAUUUUUUAUUAAAAUAAGUAUGUAAUAAUUGCUUAGGUAUAAACCUUAACUUAUUUCAUUUUGUUCUUAUUAAAAUUAUCUAUUUAGAAUUAUACAUAGUUAUAAGUAAAAUAAGUACACCAGCUUAAACUGUAUAGAACUUAAUAUGAAGACCAAGAUACUAAGCUUAUUAUAUAUAAUAACUACACUAGUUUAAAAUUAUAUAUAAUUUGUUAGAUAGACAAUAAGAGUAAAAUACCUUAAUAGGUAUCGUAAAUCCGUUAAAUAUUGUUUUUCAAGUAAUGCGUGUACCAAAUUGUGUUGCCUGUUACUAUAAUUGAUAAUUGAAAAUCAAGAAAUUUUCCAAUAACAAACAUAAAAAUAAGUGGGUAUUUUGAAUAAAAAAAUACUAAUUAAAUUCGGUUGAAAAAUAACUGACAGUCGAAAAUAUUGUCUCAUGACAUACAGACACACAAACACACAUCAAUGAAAUAAUCGAACUGUAAAACAUUCCUUACUGAAAUUGGUUGAAAAUAUUGCAUACUAAGUACUAAUAUAGUCCGAAUAUAAUAAUCAUACUACUUAAAACUAACUUCCAAAUUUUUUUAGUACCUAUCUAGGUAAAAAAAAUUUGGAAGUUAGUUUUGUUCUGUUAAAAACUAUACAAUUAUCCCACAUAAAGAAUAAAACUAGUUAAAACACAAUUGAUAACGAUAGGCAAGUACUUACUUAAUGUUACUUUAUGUAGGUAAGUAGGUACGCUCUAAGUAAACAGCGUCACGAAAGCAUUUCAUACACUUAGAUGUUUCUGGCUUCCAUACCGUUCAUCAGUAUUUUUCAAUAUUAUUGUUACAAUAGUGUAUGCGUGACACAAUUAAUAUCUAGGUACCUACCUAAUAAUAUUUUAUUUGGCGUCCGCGUUUUGACAGAUGAUACAUCAACCUACAAUGGUUUGUAACCAAUCCACUAUACAAUCGGAGCUCGCAUUGACAGUUGUAAAUGUGUAAUUAAAAUAAAAGACAAGCUUUUGUUUCAUUUCAACGGGCUCACUUAAAUUUAUAAUGGCUCUUGGGACCAGCGUAGGCUGCGCACGCGACUCUUCCUUCCACGGAGUUGAAUCAAGUAGAGCUGCUUACUAUAUGAACUUAUUAGGUAACAAAUAUAUGUCACUUUAUUAAUACUAGAUAAUUAUAUUAAUAAAUAGACUCAACCACUGUUUUCUCAUUUACCCUAAUUUCAUUAUCCGAAUAUUCGCGGAAAAUUUGUUUAUCUAAUCUAUCUACUAUUAUAUAUAGCAUAUUGUUUGGAAAAAAAGUCAAUUUUAAGAUUCUAUCUCAAAUUAAAUAAUUUACGAAUACCGAGAUAUAAACAAAUUGAAAAAAAUUUAGUUAGUUAGUCUAUAAAUUUAUAUUACGUCAGUAAUACAUAUGUAAUUAGCGCUUAUUAAUAGGUAUAUAUUUAUAUGUAUAUAUCAGUUUUCAAACUUUCUUGUUAGUGUGUAAAUAAAUUUAUUUAUUGAAAAAGUUGUGUUUUAAGUCUCUACUCUCUUCAUAUCUAUGGUUUCCUCUCACCUCUCUUCCCACGCAUCGC